UAAAUGUUAAAGGGGAGCGAUGAUGUGCAGAGAGCAGUGUGUGUGUUGAAUCAUGAGGCGGGGGCUGAUGUCCGCCCUGCGGUAUGUGCUUGCUGGGUUUGGCUGUAAGCUGACCACCCUCUGUUGUGCUUCUAUUUCCAGGGCGUGAGCGGAAUGUCCGUGGAUGAGAAGCCUGAAGCCCCCAUGUAUGUGUAUGAGUCGACAGUUCAUUGUACCAAUAUCCUCCUCUGCCUCAACGACCAGCGGAAGCAGGAUAUCCUGUGCGAUGUGACCGUCCUGGUGGAGGGGAAGGAGUUCCGCGGGCACCGCUCCGUGCUGGCCGCCUGCAGCGAGUACUUCCUGCAGGCGCUGGUGGGCCAGGCGGAGAAUGGCUUGGUGGUCAGCCUUCCGGAAGAGGUCACUGCCAGGGGAUUCGCUCCAUUGUUGCAGUUUGCCUACACUGCUAAGCUGUUACUCAGCAGAGAAAACAUCCAGGAGGUCAUCCGCUGUGCCGAAUUCCUGCGCAUGCAUAACCUGGAGGACUCAUGCUUUCGCUUCCUGGAAGCGCAGCUGCGCCGCGAGGAGGACGGCUUGCUGCUCUGCCACAAGGUAGCGGCAGCAGAAGUGAACAACUCACAGGAUGAGAGCAUGCAGUCUGAGGUGGAGAAACCCACCUCCCCAAAGGCACGACGGCGCGCCGAAGCCCUCACUUCCUUUGAACACCCCGACGAGGAUCGGCUAGCGAUAGCUAUUCCCAGUAACUUCUCCGAUGGCAGGCUGGACUUUGACAGGCACGGAGCGUCAGACCUGCCGCGAUGCCCAAAGUACAGGAAAUACCAGUGGGCCUGCAACAAGCACAAUAAUGACACAUCCUCACACACCAGUACCUCAGGUUUUCCAAGCACAUUAAAAGAGAGCAGCGUCAGCGGGGCACUGCCGGGUCAGGACAGGCUGCCUUUGGCACAGAUCAAAGUUGAACCACAGGUAGACGAAGAGGCCAUCUCAUUGUGCCUGUCAGGGGAUGAGCAGGGGGGCAGGGAUAAGGACAGUGUGAUGAGCAUGGAGAUGGAUAACCCCAUAUCUGUGGAGAGAACCAAGAGAACCAAGUCCCCUUCCUGCCUCCGAGCCUUCUUCAAGAAAGGGGUGGACCUGCCCAACACUUCAGAGCAGCUAUUCACCAACAGACUUGUCUGUCCCCAGGACAAAGUAAACUCUCAGGGAGAUCAUAAAAAAGACUUCAGGCCUUUCACUGGGGAGCUGGGUCUGCCUGUUACAUCCCCAAAGGACGUUGACAGUUUCCCUGCAGGGUUGUCCCUCAAGUCCGCUUCCUGUGAUGGGGUCUGCAAACAGGAAGUUGAGCUUGAUCGCCGUAGUGUCAUAUUUUCCUCUGGGGCAUGCAAACGUCUGGGAACCCCAGCACAUUCCUACCCUGGUGGAAACUCUUUGGAGAUGGAGCUCUCUGAGCACAUGCCAAAGGGCCUGUGGGCCGGAGCCAGCCAGUCCCUCCCCACGUCGCAGACCUACUCUCCCAGCACCACCUCCAGCGACCCCCUGCUCCUGUGCCGCCCGAGACCCAACACCAGCUGCCCAGUGCCAAUCAAAGUGUGCCCGCGCUCACCGCCUUGUGAAACACGCACCAGGACUUCCAGCUCCUGCUCCUCGUACUCCUAUGCAGAGGACGGCAGCGGGGGCUCUCCCUGCAGCCUGCCCCAGUUUGAGUUCUCCUCCUCUCCGUGCUCCAACGUGGCACGCUGCCUCAAUGUGGACCAGCAGGAGCAAAGUGUGGGCGGGGAGGCCCUUUUUAACCAGGUGCGGCCUAAGAUCAAAUGCGAGCAGUCCUACGGCACCAACUCCAGCGACGAGUCGGGCUCCUUCUCAGAGGGAGACAGUGAGUCCUGCCAUGUGCAGGAGCAAGGGCCAGAGGUGAGUGUGAAACAUUGUCAUUCUCUUGUAACACACAAUGUAGCCAUUACACUCAAUCCCACCAUGGCUAAUUACAUCGCAGUGCCCUGA